ACACCUAUUUGAUUGCGCGAAUGUAUAAUAGUCCCACUCCCGUCCUAAUCAGUGACCGGAGGGAGCCUCUGAGUUACUGCUGCUGCGGUUGGGCGGGAAAGUAAGAGCCCAGCUGCGGAGGUGAUUCGCGUCUGAUGCUGCGUCCUGCGGGUUUCUUCCAGCUGCUGGACUGCCCGUUCCUUGGCGGCUGCAGUCGGCCUCACUGCCAGUUCCAGCAUGUGUGUCCUAAGGCAGCCGGGGUGGACAGUGAUAGUACAAUUACAGCCGCCAAGCCUCCCAAGGCAGCCCUAGGUAAAAACUUGCAGGAACUGGAGAGACUUAAUAAGGCCAUUGAGGCUGUAAAAAAUGAAGUAGAAGAGAAACAGAAAAAGUUAUUGCUGUACAAAAGUGGGACACCAUGCAUCAAAGACUCAAUAUCUAAAGUUGAUAGUAAUGGCAAUACUUUAGCAGGUGUGGAUAUGGAGCCACAUACUCCAGAAAAGAGUCCUGUAGCUUCGUCGGUUGUCUAUAUGAAAAAAAAGAAUCCAGUGCAGAAGAAAUAUGUGGUCGAUCGACGCUGUCCAGCCACCGAUCUGGAGUAUGACCCAUUGCUUAAUUAUUCUGCCGGGUUAUGUGGUUCUUCUACAGACGAUGAAAAUAAGUCAAAAUCCAAGCAAAAGUGUGAAGAGGAAGUGAGUAAUAAGAAAAGAUUGAGAGAUGCAUCUCCAGUAAGAUUGGAAAUUGAUGAAUCAGAUGACGAGGAUUUACUUGUAAUUGAUGUUCCACCAAUUGAAGCAGUUUCAAAACGUCCCAGAGCAACCCAAGUAUGUGGAACCAAAGAAACACCCUUUCCUGUUUCUGAAGGAGUCGCUGUAUCCAAUGAGGAAAAAGCUUCUGCUGCGAAUACUAUGGAUGAUUUGGCUACAACAGGAUGUUCCAUUGAUGAUGCCAAUUGUGAAAUUGAGAAUGACGGGAAGACUUUCCCUUUCUCUAAAAAUACAGGUUUGAUAAGUUGUACAAAUGACAAUGCUCAAAUCAUUGACAUUUGUAAUGAAACUGUUUCAGACGUGACCCUAAUCUCUAAUUUACAAGAGUCUAAAAAUGAGUCAAAACAAAUUUCCAUAAGCAGAAAUGACAGUGUUCAAGAGCAAAAGGACUUAAUCAAUAUCACAAAGCCUAAUGGUGGGAAUGACUUAUCACUAGAUGGAGAAACAAUCGUGGACCGAGAAAAGCUAAUCUCGCAUAAUGGAAAAGAACUUUCAGGCAAUGAUGGCAAAACUGCAAAUCUGACUGAGCAUGCUACUGGCCCAGUACGUAUUGAUGAGCAUAAAUCUCGGCAAAAGACUGACUCAUUUGAUAAAGAGAAUGAAGUUAUUGUCUUAAGUUCUUCCUCUGAUAUUGAAGAUGAUUCAGAAGACGACACUGAUAUUUCUGAUUCAGAUGAUCCAAUGCAAGAAUGUCUCAGAAUUUUCAAUGAAUUUGCUGAAAGUGAAGCAAAGAAGAAAUCAACCCAGGACCAAGGAGAGCCUGCACUGGCUGCUGCACAUAUUGCAGGAACCGAUGCUGGAACACAAGGUUGUCAAGAUCAAUCUGAAAUGGAAAUGCAGGAAGCAAAGGGUGUGGAUCUACUCCUUGGCCAGAAGAAAAGAAUUGCACAUCCAUCAGCAAAAUGUGAAGUCAAAACAAGCAACAGUAUACUUGUGCCUUACAGAGGCCCUACCACUCAGCAAAUACCUCACACAAGGAUACUACAUGUUCAACAACAAGCACUGCAGAUCACUUCAGCUGUUAAAGGAGGACAAGCUUUUGUUGCCUCAUCACAGAAAAGAAUUGCCAGCCUAACCCCUGCUUUUCACAACUUUGGUCAGAUGGUUUGUUUAAAUCUAGUGGAGGUCCAGCCAGUCGUGCCAGCUAGGAACCAGUUAAGUGGGUUCUUCCAAGGAAGUACAUGUGCCACAACCUUGAAGUCUGGUGUUCCUCAAAAAAGGACAAUACAGAUGACCCCAGUGAAGGCUACCACUCGUAGAAAGUCAUCGACUGUACAUGAAAGCACUUCUAAAGUACCACACGAAACAAGGCAGCGCUAUGUUAACUCGUUUGUAGAAGAGUUCUUGAGAGAAUCUUCAUCUGUUCAGGAAGCAUUUGAGAAGGCAUUAAUAGAAGAAAAAUCUAUUUAUGACCGGUGUGGUAGCAAAAUCAUGUAUCUUAACAUAGCUAUUAACAGUCUUAAAAAGCUAAGGGAUCAGCGGAAUGUUCCAAAUGGCCAACAGCAGUCAAGUGGCAAAGAGGUGACCUCUGGAUCAAGAAAGCGGGAUGACAAAAAUGAACUUACUGGACUUAAUUUUUAUAAUGUACUGAAAGAGUACAUAUUGUCUGGAGACCAGUUAAUAGAGAAUGGAUAUCCAAGGCCAAAUCCUGACAAACCUGGUAGUGCUUUAAUACAUGGUGCAACAACAAAAACAGUGGGUGCUGAUGCUUUAAGAAGAGUUUGUGGUCGCUGUGGUGAAACUUAUUCUAUAUCCAUGCAAGGAAAGCAUGUGCGUAAGGAAGAGUGCACUUAUCACUCUGGCAAAGUUCUUAGACAUAGAGUACCAGGUGGGAUGGAAACACGCUAUAGUUGUUGUGAAGCAGCAGUAGGGAGUCCAGGAUGUCAGAUGGCAAAGCUUCAUGUGCAUGAUGGUCUGAAGGAAAAUCUUGAUGGUUUUAUAAAGACUUUAGUAAAACUGCAGCCAUCAGAUGGAAAUCCUGGAAUAUUUUCCUUGGAUUGUGAAAUGUGCUACACAACACAUGGUCUGGAACUUACAAGAGUCACGGUGGUUGGUCCUAGUUUACAAGUGGUUUAUGAUACAUUUGUUAAACCGGAUAAUGAAAUAAUAGACUAUAACACCAGGUUUUCUGGUGUAACAGAAGAUAACUUGGAGAAUAUCACUACAACACUUAGAGAUGUACAGGCCAUUUUGCUCAACUUAUUUAGUGCAGAUACUAUUCUAAUUGGACACAGUUUAGAAAAUGAUCUAACUGCACUUAAGCUUAUUCAUGAUACUGUUGUUGAUACUUCUAUAGUAUUUCCUCAUAGACUAGGCUUGCCCAAUAAAAGAGCGCUGCGAAAUUUAAUGGCGGACUACCUCCUACGUAUCAUCCAAGAUAAUGUUGCUGGUCAUGACUCAAGUGAAGAUGCUGCUGCCUGCAUGGAAUUGAUGAUUUGGAGAGUAAAAGAGGAUACAAAGGGGCGAAGAUAAAGUCAAGAAAUACUGAAGUCUACAGCUAAAAUCAGCACUUAUUCAGAAUAAUGCUCUUGUGCAUGUAGUACAAGUAGUAGUUGCUGUAACCACUCAACUUGUAUUUGCCGAAAAUACUUAAGCUGCCCUACUUUGUACAUUGUCAUUUCUUACAAGCUUUUUAUGUUUUAUUGUAUUUUUUUUUCUUUGUUACUUUUGCAUGUAAUUUGUGUACUGUAUGUACAAAAUGUUUAUCAGAAUACAGUUGUGUAAACUGUAUUUGACCUACGCUAUGGUCUGUAUGCAAAAUGUUCAUAGUAGUUUCAAAUUUGCAAAUGCACUUUUUUUUUUUCCUAAUUAUAAAUAUGAUAAAACAAGUACUUUUUGGAGUAGAUGCUAUAACCAGGUAUCUUUUUGAUAUGGUUUUAUAGCUAUAAAAGUCUUUACGUUUGUGUUGUAACAAAGUCUACAAAUAUGGUGUGCAUGUACAAGUGCCACCAAAGUAUUUCUAAAUAAAAAUUGUGGAAUAUG